CUGUCAAAAUUUUGCAGGAGGGCACAUGCAAAGGCUGUUUACAAUUCCGCGACAUUUCUGUUGUUUGUCUUUUGUAAGUGUUUGUUAUCUCGGCUACCGUGUUUGUUUCCGCGUUCCGUACGAUGUGUUCGGCCGGUGCGUUGGUCGUAUCGCGCGUGUGCUCGUGAUCAACAAAUCCUGUGUAUGACAACUUCGAGUUUUGCGUAACGGAGUCGCUAUGGGCGCAAAGGCGAGCACCGCGAACGGGGGCCAGAGUCCUCGCGCGAGGACAUUCUCGACGAGCUCCAGCUCGGACGUGGUGUCCGGCGGCGCCGGGUUUAGCCUCCUGCGUGCGAUACCAGGCAUACAGAUAUCGAACGACAGACAGCGAGCGAGGUCUUUGUCGUCGGUGCCGGACCUGCACGCUUCGCAUGAGGCCAUAGCCAUCCCUCCGAACUCGCAGAGCUACGAGGCAUCGGCGGCGGCGAGUCCCGACACAGACUCCAGCUCCAACGAAGAGACCGGGCCGGUCCCGGGGCCGUCGCUGGCGCUCGGCAGGGUGUACGCGGCACACUCCCUGCCCUCACACAUCUGGUCCAUAAACGGUAUAAAAUGCCCAGUGUGCAGCAAGUUCGUGCUGCCCGACGACAUCGAGUGCCAUCUGGUGAUGUGCCUCACGAGGCCUCGACUCUCCUACAACGAGGACGUCCUGAGUGACUCCAAAGGCGAGUGCGUGAUCUGCCUGGAGGAGCUGUCGGCGGGCGACACCAUAGCGCGCCUGCCCUGCCUCUGCAUCUAUCACAAAGGAUGUAUAGACCAAUGGUUCGAGGUGAACAGAUCGUGCCCGGAGCACCCCGGCGACUAGUGUGCGGGCGCCCGCGGCCCGGAGCCGGACCGGAGUCUGUCGGAGUCGGACCGGAUACUGUCGGAGCCGGACCGGAUACUGCCGGAGCCAGGCCGGAGCCAGCCCGGAGCCGGCCCGGUCACCAGCCACGUGCCAUGUCGCGAGUGAUAAUUUUAUACAAUGAACAGACUGUGAGCCCCGAGGGGCCUUGUAAAUAUGAACCUAUGCUAGUGAGAUGUUUUACCAUUUAAUGAAUUUAACAAAAAUAUGAAAAAAAAAAUCAAAGACAAUCAUAUAGUAAACAAACAUGUGGGAAUUCUCGGUGAAGUUAAUGAUUUAAUGUUAUAUUUACGUGUUAUUACGGUUUAGUUCGGAACGCGAUUGGAAGGUAUAUAUACGUAUAUUUUGUUUUUGUUACGAGUAUAAUAUAAAGUAAUACCGUGUCGUUUAGCGAGUUGGUUUGCUGCAGGCGGGUGAGGCGGGGACAGGCGGGGGCAGGCGGGGACAGGCGGGGGGAGACGGGGCCGCGCCUGCGCCUGCGCCGCUCGUAACAUAUCUGUUUCGUAAGCUUCUAUAUGAAUAUUAUGAUUUGAUCUUUUCCAUCUUGAUAAAUAAAGUUGAUUUGUUUCUAAAUUUUC